GGAGGUGACGGGCGGACGGGCGGGCGGCUGGGCGGGGCGCGUUCGGGCCUCAGCUCUACACACGCCGCACUCGCCUCCCAGAUUCCGCGCCGCCGGGGAGUCUGGUGGCAAGCGCCGUCCGCGAGCCGGGGCAGCAGCCGGAGGAGGAGCCGCGGGCGCUGAGCCUUAGCCCGAAUUGGCCAAAGAAGGAUGUGUCACCAGCUCCGGGCCUCGGGCGGGAUCCCCGGCCUGGCUGAAAGCAGGAGUACCUGAAACAAAGGUUUCUCAUUCACCAAAAAAUGGAUCAUUUAAUUCUUUGGAGGACUCAGUUAUCACAGUACUUCUGUACUGCCAACUAAGAUUUAUGAGAGUAAAUUCAUGACAAUAAAUUUCUGCAUCAAAAAACUGCUGAAGAACUGAAAGAGGAUUUUAUAUUAUAAAAUCCUACAGUAUCAUAUUACUAAAUAAAACUAAAGAGCACAGUUAUUAAAUUAUUAGACUUCCUAAUACAAGCACACAUGUGCAAUAGCUACUGUAUCCUGACAGUUACCAAACCUCAAAUUUAAAUGGUUUUUUUUUUUUGAGGAAAGGUCGUUACAUUUUCAAGAAACCACUGAACUUAGUCAUCAAGUAUAUUUUCAGCAGAGUGUAAGUUAGGAGAAUUUAUUUGAAAUAAGUUCUAGAAAAUUCAGUUCACAUCACUGAGUGGAUUCGAUAUUAUGGCAGCAACUUACAGACUUGUGGUCAGUACUGUGAACCACUACAGCAGUGUGGUGAUAGACCGGCGUUUUGAGCAAGCUAUACAUUAUUGCACUGGAACCUGCCACACCUUUACACAUGGAGUUGACUGCAUUGUGGUACAUCAUAGUGUUUGUGCAGACCUCUUACACAUCCCUGUGUCUCAGUUCAAAGAUGCGGAUCUGGGCUCUAUGUUUCUACCCCAUGAAAACGGGUUUUCCUCAGCUGAGGGUGACUAUCACCAGCAGGUCCUAACAGGCAUACCCAGGGUCAAGAAAGGAUCUGCCUUUCAGAAUACCUGUAACUUAAAGGACAUUGCAGGAGAAGCAAUUAGUUUUGCCAGUGGAAAAAUAAAGGAAUUUUCCUUUGAAAAGCUCAAGAACUCUAACCAUGCAGCUUACAAAAAGGGAAGAAAAGUUAAGUCUGACUCAUUUAAUAGGAGGUCAGUUGAUUUUGACUUCCUCUGUGGCCAUUAUAACAAUGAUGGGAACUCCCCAUCCUUUGGUUUACUCCGGAGUGCCUCAGUUGAGGAAAAAUCGUUGUCCCAUAGAAACUCGCUUGAUACAAACCUAACUUCAAUGCUUCUUCACAACUUCUCUGAAGAGGACCUGGUUACUCAGAUUUUGGAAAAACAUAAAAUAGAUAAUUUUUCUUCUGUAACAGACAUAAAGAUGUGCUUGGACAUCUUGCUGAAAUGCUCUGAAGAUUUGAAAAAAUGCACAGAUAUCAUAAAACAAUGCAUAAAGAAAAAGUCAGGGAAUAGCAUCAAUGAAGGAAACAGCAACGAUGCCAACACUGAUACUGUCUAUGUGAAUGUAAUGACCAGGUUAGCAUCCUAUUUGAAAAAGCUACCAUUUGAAUUCAUGCAACCUGGAAAUAAUGAGGCUAUAGAUUUAACAGAACUGGUCAGUAAUAUGCCCACUUUACAACUGACUCCCUUUUCCCCAGUAUUUGGCACUGAACAGCCCCCUAAAUAUGAAGAUGUUGUCCAGCUCUCAGCCCCUGACUCUGGACAAUUUCAAACUAUAGCACUGCAAGAUGACAAACACAGUUCUAGGAAAACAGACCCAGUAAAAUCCACUCCAAACAACUCUACAAAUCCCUUAUAUAACCUUGAGAUAAGUGAUCCCAGAACUCCAAAAGAUGCCCAGCUUCAAUCUACCAUGAACUCUUUAGAAAAUGUUUCUUCUGGUGACCUAAUGGAAACCCUUUAUAUUGAAGAAGAGUCAGAUGGAAAGAAAGCAUUAGAUAAAGGACAAAGGACAGAGAAUGGACCUGGUCAGGAAUUGUUAAAGGUAAAUGAAGAUAGAGCAGAAUUUUCAGACUGUGGUCCUCCUCUUAAAAAAUGUUCUGCCUUAUUGCAAAGUGAAAGUAGUAAGAUAUUUGAGAAACCAGUUGUUAACCUAUGUGAGGAAGACCUUAAAUCAAAAGUUCCUAAAAUUGAAGAGGGAGACCACAGAGAUUUUAUGAAUCCUAAUAGUCAGGAAGAGAUAGAUAAAUUAUUAAUGGAUUUGGAAUCAUUUUCACAGAAAAUGGAGACCUCUCUAAGAGAGCCACUUACCAAAGGUAAAAGCUCUAACUCUCUAAAUAGUCAUAGUCCAUUGACUGAUCAGCUUCCUAUAGAUCUUGAGCCCAAGUCUAAAGUCUCUUCACCCACCGAAAAAGUCUCCCCUUCUUGUCUAACAAGGAUUAUUGAAACUAAUGGACACAAAAUAGAGGAAGAGGAUCGAGUCCUCUUACUGCGAAUUCUAGAAAGCAUUGAAGAUUUUGCUCAAGAACUAGUCGAAUGCAAAUCAGGCAGAGGGAGCCUAUCACAAGAAAAGGAAAUGAUGCAGAUUCUACAGGAAACCUUGACAACUGCCUCCCAGGCCAAUUUAUCGGUCUGUAGAAGUCCUAUUGGUGAUAAAGCCAAAGAUACUACUUCAGUAGUUUUGAUUCAGCAGACUCCAGAGGUGAUCAAGAUUCAAAAUAAACCAGAAAAGAAACCUGGAACACCUCUUCAACCUACAGCCACCUUUCCAAGUAGUCCCCAACCUCUCUCCGUUGUUCCUCAUGUGAAUAAUGUUGUGAAUGCACCAUUGUCCAUAAACAUUCCACAGUUCUACUUUCCUGAAGGACUCCCUGAUGCCUGCAGUAACCAUGAACAGACUCUAAGCAAAAUUGAAACUGCUUUCAUGGAUAUUGAAGAUCAGAAAGCGGACAUCUAUGAAAUGGGAAAAAUUGCAAAGCUCUGUGGCUGUCCUCUCUAUUGGAAAGCCCCCAUGUUUAGGGCUGCCGGGGGAGAGAGGACAGGAUUUGUAUCAGCACAGUCAUUCAUUGCCUUGUGGAGAAAGUUGCUGAAUGACCAUCAUGAUGAUGCCUCCAAGUUUAUCUGUCUUCUAGCAAAGCCCAGCUCCAACUCUCUAGAGCAGGAGGAUUUUAUCCCUUUACUUCAGGAUGUGGUGGAUACACACCCUGGCCUCACGUUCCUGAAAGAUGCUCCAGAAUUCCACUCCCGCUAUAUCACCACUGUUAUUCAGAGAAUAUUCUACACAGUCAACAGAUCUUGGAGUGGAAAAAUAACUUCGACAGAGAUAAGAAAAAGCAACUUUUUGCAAACUCUAGCCCUUUUGGAAGAAGAGGAAGAUAUAAACCAAAUCACAGAUUACUUCUCCUAUGAACAUUUCUAUGUUAUUUAUUGUAAAUUCUGGGAACUAGAUAGUGAUCAUGACCUCUACAUCAGCCAGGCCGAUUUAUCUCGAUACAAUGACCAGGCUUCAUCAAACAGAAUUAUUGAAAGGAUAUUCUCUGGGGCAGUAACAAGGGGAAAAACAGUACAGAAAGAGGGAAGAAUGAGCUAUGCAGACUUUGUUUGGUUUUUGAUCUCUGAGGAGGACAAAAGGAACCCAACCAGCAUUGAGUAUUGGUUCCGCUGCAUGGAUGUGGAUGGAGAUGGUGUACUCUCCAUGUACGAGCUAGAGUACUUCUAUGAGGAGCAGUGUGAACGGAUGGAAGCCAUGGGCAUUGAGCCGUUGCCAUUCCAUGAUUUGCUGUGUCAGAUGCUUGACCUGGUGAAGCCAGCCAUUGAUGGGAAAAUAACACUACGAGAUCUGAAGAGAUGCAGAAUGGCACACAUCUUUUAUGACACUUUCUUUAAUCUGGAGAAGUACUUAGACCAUGAACAGAGAGAUCCCUUUGCGGUCCAGAAGGAUGUUGAGAAUGAGGGGCCUGAGCCUUCUGACUGGGACAGGUUUGCAGCUGAGGAAUAUGAGACUCUUGUUGCAGAGGAAUCUGCCCAAGCACAGUUCCAGGAAGGGCUCCAUGCCCAGCCUGAAGCCCAACACAGGGCUUGAACUUAAGAUCCUGAGAUCUUAAGACCUGAUCUGAGAUCAAGAGUCACCUGCUUAACUGAUUCAGCCACUCAGGUACCACCAAAGACCACUGUUUUACUCAUCUUUUAAUUGUAACACCUGGCAAACGUUAGGAAUGUAGGAGAUCCUUAGCAAAUGUUUACUGGCAAAGAAGGCAAUAGUCCCAGCAGCCACCUCACUACAAGGAUAAACUUCAGGAUUCCAGACAACUUGACCCUCCAAAAACAACUUGAAAUUCUCCAUCUACUUUACCAUCUAACAAACUUCAUAGGUAGCCUUUGUGUCAGGUAGCUGUACUGCCAAAUUCAAGGCUAGUACUUAAGCCUUCAAGAAUAACCGAGCAAUAACUCCAGAUAUGAGUGAGAAAGACUGCAAACGUUGACGCUGUAAACACUGUGAAUUAUCACAACUAGCACACAACAUAAUCACAGCAUACAACAUCAUUUGUAUGAAUUCAAGGUAAUGAAUGGUCCUGGGUGAAACCAGAUAGGGUACCAGUUACAUAAACCAAUUCAUCUGCCUCCUAUAUGAAGAUAGCAGGUUAGGAUGCUAAACUUAUUUAUAAUUAACACUCUUAUGAUCUCUGCAAUAAGAAAAUUACAUAAAGCAGGCUAAAGAGUCCUCCAUGUUGCUACCUUAGGAAACUGAGACCUACAAUAAUCAAACCUUUCUGCCAAUGUGACAAAUACCUGUUUACUUUUUUAGUUAAGAAUAUUUUACAUUAUUGGGGUGCCUGGGUAGCUCAGUUGGUUAAGUGGCUGCCUUUGGCUCAGGUCAUGAUCCCGGAGUCCCGGAAUCAAGCCCCACAUGGGUGUCCCUGCUCAACAGGAGUCUGCUUCUCCCUCUGACCCUACCUCCUCCCAUGCUCUUUCAAAUAAAUGAAUAAAAUCUUUUUUAAAAAACCUUCACAUUAUCUUAAAAAUAUUUCUUACAGGAUAUUCUGGUAUUUUACCAACAGCUUUACAUUUGAUUAACCUAGAUUAAAAACAAUUUCCUUUUUUUAUUCUGAGACUCUUUAUCUGAUUAGUAGAGAAACAGAGGCUUGCUGCAGAAAAAUUGGAAAAUAUAAAGAGAUUCAACUCACUUGGUUCAUCCAGAAAUAACCAUUAUUUACACUUUAAGUGUAUUUCUUUUUGAUGUUUAAUGUUACUAGAGUGUUCAAAAACAUGACUUUUAAUGCUUUAGAAGUGUUCUCUCAAGCAAUACCUCACAUCCAUUUCUCUAUUAUUGGACAUUUAGAAAAUAGAACUGUUUACCCCUGAAUGUUUUUAAAAGUAGCUUUUUCCUUUAUAUUAAAUACAAACUUACAUGAAUUACUCUUUGUAAGAGUUACAUACUAAUUUCCAUCAGCACUGGAAAUUAAGGUGUUGUAGUAAAGAAGGCCAGCCCCAAACCCACCAGAUCAUCUCCUAGGAAUGCAGUAGUGUGGAGUAAGGGGUUGUAUGGAGCCUGACAAUCAUCAACAAGGUGGAAGAAUUUAACAGAGGAGCAGGAAUAAUGAGGGAAAGGGAAGGUAAUGUCUAUAUAUAUUGGGGCGUAAGAGGCGAAGGAAUGACAGUAAUUAAUACUAUAAAGCAUGAGUUACAGUC